AUGAAUUAUUAAGAAGGAUUCCAAUUAGAGUUUCAAAACAGUAUACUAAAAAAUGUCUACCUAUAUGGAAAUCAUGAUAAAUAAUUUAAACCUUACAAAGGCGAUUUACCAUUUGGGAUUACAUUUACUAUGUGCAAUGCACAUAUAGUAGCUAAGUUUGGUGAACCCACAAGUAAAUAAGGAGGUGGCCCAAUUAAUAUAGGUAUUAGUUAUGAUCAUCUUGGCAUUGAGAUAACUUUUCAAACUAAAACUUGGGACUAACCUAAUGUAGCAAUAGAUUAAAUUAUUUUAUAUGAGCCUGCUAAGUAAACAAUCUGCGGAAUUUGCAAAAAGAAUGGAGAAUUAAGAUGUGGAUAGUGUAAGUUAGUCUAUUAUUGUGGAGUUGAUUGUCAAAAGACACAUUGGAAAUAGCAUAAAGGAUUUUGUAAGUGA